UAAAUACUAACACUUUUGCAGACAAACAACAAACUAAUGAACUAUAUCUUAUUUGGAGUCGGUAAUAAGGUGAAGCUCGAUGCUCUCUCUGCCUGGAAUAUUUUCCCUUUUCUGGAAACGACAACUAUCCAAUUCUAAUUCAUUUUUCAGUCCAGGUGCAGAUUUUUCCUCCUAUGUAUGUUAUCCUACUUUUAAUUCAUUCAGCGUGGCUUUGGUUUCGAUAUCGCGAUCUUGGGUCUUCAAUUCUGUAUUUCUAGGCUUAUUAUAAGUGCAGAUUUUGACGCUUAUUGUAAGCACACACUUUGACCUUUGCCUCCCCCUUUUUUUUCAAUUAAAUUUUGGGAAGUUCCGUGAUUAUGAUGUGGGUAUUUUGAUUUUUCCCUGAAGACGACAUUAUUUUCAUAUGGGUAUAUAGUUUGAAUAUGGUAUAAGUUUUUGAGCUAUUUUGGGAAAUUAUGAACCAGUUUGAGUUAUAAUUGGGUUCAAAAGACAUGACAAGUAAAGUUUGGAAGUGGGUUUUGGGUUUGAUAUACAUAGUUGCGGUUGCAACAAUAUGGAUUGCUGCCAGUUUUGUGGUUCAGUCUGUAGUUGAUGCCGGUGUAUCACCGUUCCUCAUCACAUACAUUUGUAAUUCCUUGUUUUUGGUGUACAUUCCCAUUGCUGAAAUUGGGAGAUACCUGGUUGAUACCUAUGGUAGUUUAUUGUUUUGGAAAAGGAAAAAGAGUAGCCCUUUGCAAGAACUGGGAACCUCUGAACAGACAAUUCUUCUUGGGGAGAGUGAUGCAGAUGUCAAAGUGGAUAGAUCAUAUCUAUCUGUUAUCAUGGAAGAGGGAGAAAUUAGUCGGCAUGAUAGAGAUACUGAUUCAAGACAAGAAUUUGUUUCAUGUGAACUUGAGAGGACUUUGCCUGUUGUUAAAGUUGAUGGAUAUCCUGAUGAAGGACUUGAUGCAAAAAGACGAUGGACGCGAACUAAAGUGGCAAAGGUCAGCCUCUUGAUUUGCCCGUUUUGGUUUCUGGCACAGCUGACUUUUAAUCUCUCAUUGAAAUAUACUACCGUAACAUCAAAUACUAUCUUAAGCAGUGCAUCCAGCCUUUUCACUUUUUUGGUCUCUCUAGCCUUCCUUGGUGAGAAGUUCACUUGUAUUAAGUUUAUCAGUGUUCUACUCUGCAUGGCGGGAACUAUUGUUGUCAGCUUGGGUGACUCAGAAAGCAGUAACAAUUUAGGUGCAGCUGCCUCAAAUCCUCUUCUUGGAGAUUCUCUUGCUCUCGUAUCAGCUGGAUUAUACGCUGUUUAUAUUACCCUUAUCCGCAAGAAGUUGCCUGAUGACGAUGGAAAAAGUGGUCAGGCUAGUAUGGCACUUUUCCUUGGUUAUGUUGGGCUUUUCAACCUGAUUAUUUUUCUUCCCGUUGCCCUUAUACUCAAUUUCACCAAGCUAGAGCCUUUCUAUACAUUGACCCUGGAGCGGUUCGGUCUAAUUGUUGGUAAAGGUUUGCUAGAUAACGUGCUUAGUGAUUAUUUAUGGGCUAAAGCUGUACUUCUUACAACCACCACAGUAGCAACAGCUGGUCUAACAAUUCAGGUGCCCUUGGCAGCUGUUGUUGAUUCAUUAAUGGGCAAUGCCCCCCAUCUCAUUGAUUACCUUGGAGCUGUUGCUGUUAUGAUUGGAUUCGCUGGCAUCAACAUUCCUUCCGAGACCUUUUGCAAAUCAAAAGAAGCUAUUCUUGAAUUAGAAACCAUAAAUGCUAGUUUAAAUCAUCAAGAACGCAUCUCUUCCCUCCACCAAAAUACAACUACAGUUUCUUAAAUUUUGCUCUUUUCAUUUCAGAAUUAAGGUAAUAUACUAGUAUAUAUGUAUUGAGAGGAAUUCUUAUAAUGAUUCUUUGGUAUUGUCUCCUGGAAAAAAAGGCCAUGGUUGAUUAGUUAGCUUAUCCUCAGAGCUCUUGUUUUGUAUUUGCUUUUCAGACAUCAGUUAACCUUUUUAUGCAUUGUACCCUUACAAUGUGCUAUUUUUGCAUAGAUAAAAGGGAUAUGGUUUCUUUUAA